AAUGCCAGUUAUCGGCAUUUCUCUUUUCUCGAGCUGUUACGCUGACAGCUCGGGACAUGUACUCUGAUCAUCAGGGCCCUGAUGAUCAGUGUGCCCUGAUGAUCAGUGUGGCCCCAGAAGUGCCACCUGUCAGUGCUCAUCAGUGCCACGUGCCAGUGCCCACCAGUGCCACAUCAAUGCCACAUAUCAGUGCAUACCAGUGCACAUAUCAGUGCCCAUCUGAGCUGCCUUUCAAUGUCACCCAUCAGUGCCAGUCAGUGCCACCUAUCAAUGCCAAUUAGUGCCACCUAUCAG